AUGCAAAGAUUCAUCCUGUACGCAGUUACACAAUACAGCGGAUCCGCCCGCAAGAGCCCUGAAGAUGUCUCGUAUAUUACCAAGGUGAGACGCCCUCCGUUUUCGAGUCCCGUGACCCGUUCCAGUUCUGUCAUUUUCCCCAUGACUCUCCAAUGCUUUGGCCUCAAAGGUGUCAAAAGAAGCUCACAUCUAACGAACACACACGAUCUCUCGAUUGCAACUCCCAACCGGAGCCGAACAAUCAAUCACGUCCAACGGCCCGUCCGCCCACGGCUGAUCACUCUGAAUCCGGACCACACGCAACAAAAUCUGUCGCUGCUCCGAGUGCCAGCUGCGUCAAAAGAGACAAGCCGAUCGAUUGUCAGCAACCCUGCCUUUCUCUGGUCUCUGGGCCAAUCAUCGUCCCUGGUUUUCGAGAUCCCUUCCCUCAAUCCAGAACCCCUCUGCCGCCUCAUUUCCGCAAUCCCUUCUAUCCCUGGAUUCUCGUGGUCCUUUCGCCCUUCGCGCUCCCGUCCGUCCUUCGGCACUCUGGCGGGCAGACCUGAUUACACGAUGGAUCCCAAUGCUGGCUUUCCUGCUGGCUUUCCCGUACCGACCCAAAGCCCCCAGAAUCAAAUGGCGUUCUAUCCGAAUUCGGUUCCCCAGUACCCCCAGUCCAAGAUACCACAACAGCCUGGACAACAGCAACAUUCCUUUGGUGCCAUGCCACAGCAGCCAGGCGGUCCCAGUGGAGCUAUGAUGCCCCAAGGCUUUCCCCAACAGUCAUCUGCAGCACCGAUGGAUGCUUUCUCGGCGUCUUUCAACCAGCCGGCCAUCCCCGCAUCGAUGCCCCAGUACACACAACCUGGUACCGCCCCGAGCCAACCCUCCGCUGUCCAACAGACCUUCAACCAAAAUAUGGCUACUAUUAACGCCAACAUGCUCGCCAACCAACCGAAGCCUCCGCAAAUGAAUUCCCAGAUGAAUUCACAGAUGAAUUCGCCGCAGAACACCCAGCCCGGGACCCCUGUUCAGGUCCAGGCCCAAGCAGCAGCACGUGAAAAGGCCCGGGUGACCAUCCUUCUCGAGAUUAACUCGACACUAUUGCAGGAGGUGGUGAAUCUACAAGCGGCGGGGAAGGCAGGCACUGCGCCUACCGUGGACGCAAAUCCAGAGCAGGGUGGCGCUCCCAAACCCACCCCGCAGAAGCCCAGCCAGGAAUAUAUUGAAUGCAUGCGACGACUGCAAGCCAACCUGGCAUAUCUUGCAACGAUCGCGGAGCGAGCGAAGAAGCCGGGUGCUGGUACUCCCCAAGCACCCGCUAUCUUAACUGCCCCUGCAAGUGUACCCGCCGUCAACGACUUAUACAACAAGCUGAACGAGCUAUUCCCGCGCUCCAGUCAAGGUGGCACACCUCAGAACCUCAGCCCAGGGAUAUCACAGGGCAACGGUGGACCCAGUCCUUCGCCUGUGUCAGAGUCGGUAGUCUGA